CGCGCGCGCGCACGCACGGACGCCCGCGUAUAUCUCUCGCUGCGCUCUCGCGCCCUUGCCGUAUUCCGCUCGUCGGUACCUGUGCCUGUCCAGGCACAGUUCUCCCUCUUACCUCUGCCUCACCGACUGCCUCGCUGACGUACGUCCUUCUCCUCGCGAGCGCGUUCGCCGGGCCGGCCGACCGACCGCAGUUUGCGGUCUCCACCGCGAGUUUGCCCUCGCGUCGCGCGGACUUUGCCACUCCGCUGACUACCUGGAGUAGCUGCACGUGCUCUGCGGCACGAGUAACGAGGCUGGAAGCACCGGCUUGCCGAGAAGAGGAGGAAGAAGCCGAGGAAACGGCGGGACUACAAUCUCUUCUCCGAGAAGUCGGAAGUUGAACGCGUGGUUACCAGUGAGUCUCCAAUCGAGUGGAAGUGGAAGAGAACAUUAACGUGAAGACGGAAGUUUUACUCAAGCGGAAAUCUCAAUAUUUUGUCGACGAUUGGGACGGCAACGAUCGACGAGACUAUUCCCGAUGAGAUUACAAUAUAUUUACGACUGUGCAAUUAAUUACGAACGCGAUUCUAUCGAAGGAAUGAUCAAGAUUUUCACGAUUGAUCGGAUCAUUAAAGGAUUCGAACGUAUACGUGCGUUCGACGAUCGUUAUGACUCCGAAUAAAGGAGCAACGUCCAUCUCGCGACUUCAUCAAGGACAGUCGACUGCACGUUUCCGCGCGGGUAUCGGAGCGGAAUAAGAAUAGGGAACGAACGACGGAAGGAAGCGUACGGAGAUAAAGAGCAGAUCAUCGGUUCGCACAGCGGAAGGUGGUCGUUGAGAGAAAGACCUUCAUGUUGUCAUCUGACGUGUACUCGUGGGUGUACUAUUAUACAUAGUCGGCCUCCUUCUCUCGCUCUUUUUUUAUCUAUCUCUUUCCGUCUUUCCGGCUUUCGUGUCACGUCCACGUCUCAUUGCCGUGAAAGCGAAGUCAUUUCCUGCGUGAGUCGAGCACGCGACGCACGCCAGGACGAAGCGUUUCGACGAAUCGUCUCGCCAGGACUCUCGACGUACGGCAAAACAUGACGUUGUAUCAUCAGUAUCCAUUUCGACGCGAGCUAAAUUGAAACGACGGCAGAGGAAGAGGACCGAAGUAAGAGAACGGAGCUAGGACGAAAACUUCUCGGGUCCUCGAGAAGAGCGAAUGCCACUCGAAAGCUGAAGGAGAACUACGGGCCGAUAUCAUAAAAAAGUCAACAGAUUGACGUGAUUGCUCGUCGUCGACAUGCCGCACACCGGACAAGCCGGGGUAAAUCAAUUAGGCGGCGUUUUUGUGAACGGCAGACCGUUGCCGGACUGCGUGCGCCAGAGGAUCGUGCAGCUCGCCAUGGUCGGCGUCAGGCCGUGCGACAUUUCGCGGCAGCUACUCGUGUCCCACGGCUGCGUCUCCAAGAUACUCACGAGAUUCUACGAGACGGGAAGUAUCCGGCCUGGCAGCAUUGGCGGAAGCAAGACGAAGCAAGUGGCCACGCCAACAGUGGUGAAGAAGAUUUUAAGAAUGAAGCAGGAACAGCCGACGAUGUUCGCCUGGGAGAUUCGCGAGCAGCUCGCGCGCCAGGGUGCUUGCGACCCCCAGAGCUUACCAUCCGUAUCUUCGGUCAAUCGUAUUCUCAGAGGCGGCGGGCUCCACACGGAUAUCCCCACCAUCGAGAGCGGCACAUCCGGCGGAUACACGUCGCAAAUUCCGUCGAACGCCGGAACCAGAGAUACACUCAUGAGAACCGACUAUCAGUUGUUCUAUCCGGGUGCCCUAGGUCCGCUGCACAUCUCCACAAACAACAGCAAUACCGGCACGCCGUCUUGGAAUCAGAGCUUUUAUUCAUCCCUCUACCAAGCGACGACUUUGCACUUGCAACACGGAAUGCAAUCAUUCGCACCUUUGGAUGCCGAACGUCUGUCGGAACAAACCGGCGCGCAGAGUCAGCUGGAGUUGAAGUCGAGCUCAAGCUCGACGGCCGGUAGCGAUGAUUCGUUGGAUAAAAGCGACCUAGACGAAAAUCUUGUCGAUUCGCAGGAUCAUUACAAGUCCUUCCGAAGCACACCGAUCAUUUUAGAACUCAGCCAGAAAAUCGGCAGCGAUCGCAGUGCAUUCGUCAGGCACGCCACGCCCAAUUCGCACGCUGUAAACUUGGACAACUCGCGGGAGAGCCCGUUAUCAAUCGUCGAGAAGCAGGAUCGUCCCAUGUCAUACAGGAUUCUCGAGGCGAAGAACAUGAGUCCGAGCACAACGACGAUGACGACGACGAACGAAAGCGCAGCGGUGGAAAAUCAGCCACCGCAGCCGCAGAAGAAGAAGAAUCCCUACUCGAUAGAAGAGUUAUUGAAGAAGGACGAGAGCAAAUCUCCACCCAGGAGGCCGAGAUUGCCCAAUAUCGGCGUGGUGCAACCCUGCGGAGUUGUUGUCAGUAAGGAGAUAUAAAAGGAUAUUAUAGCGCCCAAACACGCGAGUUUUCGGGAUAAGGCGCGUUGUGUAUUUAUGCAAAACGCAAACUAUAUCGUGAUAAUCAUUGAUGAUGAAUCUCCGUUCGGGCGAACGUUAUACGGCGUACAUCUCGGCUGUAGGCAUAUGUAGGUAUGUGUAGUAUUGCCAGGUGCAGAGAAAUACUGACCGAUACGUGCGAAACGCAUUUAAUGAAAAUUAAAGGCUUACAUACUACCUUGAUAUAUAUAACUUGAGAAUUAUUUCUUUGCACCUGUGAUGAAUAAUCUUUGCGGGUAUAAUGAGAGUAGCGAAUGUCCUAUAAGUGUCUAACUUAGAGUAUCGAUUAAGCAUAGGAGUUGAUGGAAGAGAUUAGAAGCGGAUAGAGUUGAAGUUUUCUCCUUCGAGAGAGAACGUGGCUGUUUUGUGAAGUAAAAGAAGAGAAAUGGUACGCGCGAAGCCAUACGUAAUGUUAGGAUCGAUGACUGUAAUUAUCGAUUGUAACUUGUAACGCGUAGUGAAGUAUACGUAAUCUCUCUUUGUGUGUAAGUUAACUUAUAAUUAAAUUAUUUUUUCCAUUUUUUCCGCGUUGCUAUAAUCUUUCGAAUGCCGGUGUUGUUCUCAUCGGCAAUUGAAUACAAGACUAUUAAUCGCAUUGAGAAUUUAAGACUUUGCUUAAACUUGUGUGUUUGACAUAAAAGAAGCCAGUUACGACCAUGCGAAGUAAUUGGAAAUCCGGAAAAAGUUUUCUUUUUUACUGCUUUCACUGAUUUAUCUUACAAUUCGUCGAAUUUGUCACCGACAGUGAAAUAUCAAUUAACGUCACCAGUCUCUCCUCGCGCGUAAUUAACGUAACGCAAUAACUUGGACACUUCCAGACCGCUAUGUCACGCGAUGAAAUUCGACAUUAUCGCACAUGCUUUUUGAAGGGAAUUAAUCGAGACAUGAUUCCGCGCCCACCGACACGAAAAAAUAAACACGAUACGAUGCCUAAUAAAAGUCGGCAACAAAAAUUUUUAUAUUUUUUUUUAUUUAGGUUGAAUAAUCUACUAAAUUUUAGACAUCUUCGACUGCCCGCUCGCGUAUUGUUCGCCGAAACGUCAAAUGGGCAAUUACGCGUCUCUAUUGUGACUCUUCGCACUUUAGAGCCCGGUGCGAAAUAGCCGCUGCGAUGCCGUUAUGCUAGCGCGGAGGAUCGAGAAAUUAAAUGAAAUGCCUAAUAAAUAAACGGCCGUAAAACAUGCGGAUGGAGCCGUAGCAGUAAAACCAUAAACGAUUCGGUCGAGGGUGUCAUACAUGGACAUGUCCCGUGUGUAUACCUUGUAAAAUACGACGAUAUGUCACUCGCUUAAAAAAAGGAGGAAUUAAACAGCGACGUUACAUCGAGCAGCCGCAUCGGUUCCUCCUUUCUCUAUCUCUUUUUGCAUUUACAACGUUGUAAACCUUUGCAUCUCAUUCCUCAUCGCGGACUAAUUAAUGUACUAUAAAAACGCCAGUGCUUUAAUGUCGAACGAUUUGCUCGCUUUGCUGUCUCGCGCCUGCCAAUUGCGCGCGCUCGCGAGCUAUUUCGAGCUGACAUCUCGAUCUCACGAGAACCAUGAAAGAGAUGUCGUUCCUCGCGCGCUUUCUUUUACUUAUGACGAAUGAAUCUUCUUUGUCCGCCGCAAAUUGGCUCAAUAAUAUCCGCAUAGAAAGGGAAACGCGGGAGAAACCUGGGUACGCUUAAGCUAUCUUACAUAAGCGGAAGUUAUUGCUAACGCUCAAACCUUUUCUUUUAUUUGCCAUACACGGAGAUUAUUAGACCUUAAGAUGAGUGUGAAACACAUCCCAAAAGGGAAGAGACCCGUUAUUCGUGUAGGCUUGAAAUAUUUAUUUUAGAUUUAGACAAUGCGAAGUUAUACGAGUGAGCAUUCCGUGUUUGACAAAUUAUUCGCGAGUUAAAAAAAAAAAAAGAUCAGGUAAGACAUCGAUUCAAAUAUCUAUCAGUCGAAGAUGAUUUUUAGAUUCACCAUGAGAAAGUACUUGCCAGUUUUACAUUACACAGAAUGCUCAUAUAGAGAGAUCUGAUAUAAUUAGAAUAUUAGUUCUGUACAAUAAUAAUUGUGGUCGAACAGCCUUUCGUGGGUCUCUAAACGACUUUAAAGAUGAUGUCUUCAAAGUUAUAGAAUUAAAAAAAGGAAAAACGAGGAAUAAACUAAACGGCGAUUUGAACCAACGGCGCUGAAUCAAACACGAGAUGCCGAGCAGAUUUUCCAGAUAUAAUAUUACAGGUGAUUCGUUAUAACUUUAAAAUAUCGCCGCACAGCAGACCUACGAAGACUGUCGCCUAAAAAUCAUGCAAGUUAUCGACUAAUUAAUACUCGUAAUAAACUUAUCCUGUAUAAUAUCAUUAAAUACACUAGUCAAAGUGACAUAUAUGCCGUGUUUGCCUUGCACGUCUUUAUGUUCGGCAUGUUUUAUGCAUACGUCAACGAGUUAUAAGAAAACGAUAGUGAUGCAGGAAUAGUGUUGCAUACCAAAACGCACAUCGAAGCCGAUGUAAUAAUAAUAAUUUAACGAGUUUUACAAUCCAACUGUUUAUGAAUAAUCAUUGUUUUUUAUUAGACAUUAGCGACACCCACAAGAGGAAAGUCUUUUUACAUAUAAACUUUACGUCUUUUCGUCGAAUCAAUUAAAAAUCGUCAAGUUGCGCACGAGUAUAGCUACGUAAAAUAUUCGGUAAAUAUAGUAAUUUUGUGGUAAAAAAGAUUGAUUCACAGUUUUAUUCUCGAUACUACAUCGUAAAAGCACGUCACAAUAAAAUUAAGAACUUAAAUAAUUAUAUAACAUGAAUAUAUUCUCUGCUCUCUGAUAAUACGGCACGGAUUGUGUUUAUAUAAAAUUUCUAUAUAUAAUAAUUUUCUUUUGAAUUAUAUAUCGCGUUUAACUUAUAUAUAAUUCAACACAUUUAGAAAAUCUAAUACACGAUUCUUAGAGAAAUAUAUAACUGUUUGAUUAAAUAUAAUUAACACAAUUUAACAUGACACGCAUUAAUAUAUAAAGACAAGCAUGAGAUUAGAAUAGAAAAGAUUUAAAUAGAAAAAAGCAUUUUUCUUAUUAUAAAGAGGUCAUUUUACAAAUUGAUAUAAACGACAUUUUAAAACUCAUGU